CAUUUCACGAAGAAGAAGAAGCUGGCUCAUUUUAUUGAGGCUAUGAAAGGGCAUAGCUUUUCUUAGUUUCAAUUCAGUCAUUAUCGGUGCACACUAGCGAAACACAAGGUUGGAGUAAGCAUAUAUUACUUUCCAGAGGAGACUAUUUACACAGCGUUGGGAACAUGUCUCUGGUUUGUGCAAUCUGCAACGAGGUUCCAGAGCACCCGUGCAUCUCUCCGGUGUCCAACCAUGUGUUCGAGCGCAGACUGAUAGAGAAGUACAUCGCUGAGAAUGGGACGGACCCGAUGAACGGACAGCCCCUGUCCGAGGAGCAGCUUGUGGAUAUCAAAGUUACUCAUCCUAUUCGACCAAAGGCUCCAUCUGCUACUAGCAUUCCUGCCAUUCUCAAGUCACUUCAAGACGAGUGGGAUGCUGUGAUGCUUCAUAGUUUCACCUUGAGGCAGCAGCUGCAGACGACUCGCCAAGAACUCUCUCAUGCCCUUUACCAGCACGAUGCCGCCUGCAGAGUCAUCGCCCGCCUCAACAAAGAGGUCACUGCUGCAAGAGAAGCUCUUGCUACACUUAAACCCCAAGCUGGACUGGUGGCCCCUCAAGCAGUCCCUGCCUCUCAGCCAGCUGCUGCAGGUGCUGGUGGAGAACCCAUGGAGAUCAGUGAACAGGUGGGAAUGACCCCAGAGAUCAUUCAGAAGCUUCAAGACAAGGCGACCAUCCUCACCACAGAGAGAAAGAAGAGAGGAAAAACUGUUCCAGAGGAUUUGGUCAGAGCUGAAGAUCUCAGCAAGUACCGCCAAGUUGCUUCCCACGCUGGUCUGCAUAGUGCCAGUGUGCCUGGUAUUCUGGCUCUGGAUGUGUGUCCCUCUGACACCAACAAAGUGCUCACAGGUGGAGCUGAUAAGAACGUUGUUGUGUUUGACAAGAGUGAAGAGCAGAUUGUGGCGACACUUAAAGGUCACACUAAGAAAGUGACCUCUGUCAUUUACCACCCAUCUCAGUCUGUGGUCUUCUCGGCCUCUCCUGACACCACCAUCCGCGUGUGGUCCGUCACCGGAGGGAACUGUGUGCAGGUGGUGCGAGCCCACGAGGCGGGCGUGACAGGUCUGUCUCUGCACGCCACUGGAGAUUAUCUGCUCAGCUCCUCUGAGGAUCAGUACUGGGCCUUUUCUGAUAUCCAGACUGGUAAAGUCCUCACCAAAGUUACUGAUGAAAGUGCUGGCUGUGCUCUCACGUGUGCUCAGUUCCACCCCGACGGUCUGAUCUUUGGAACUGGCACUGCUGAUUCUCAGAUCAAGAUCUGGGAUCUAAAGGAGAGAACCAAUGUGGCCAACUUCCCCGGCCACUCUGGACCUGUGACCUCCAUCGCCUUCUCUGAGAACGGAUACUAUCUGGCUACAGGGGCUCAGGACAGCUCUCUGAAACUCUGGGAUCUGAGGAAGUUGAAGAACUUUAAGACCAUCACCCUGGACAACAACUACGAGGUCAAGUCCCUUGUGUUUGAUCAGAGCGGUACCUACCUGGCCGUUGCAGGAACUGACAUUCGUGUCUACAUCUGCAAACAGUGGUCUGAAGUACUCAACUUUACAGACCACACUGGACUGGUGACUGGGGUGGCCUUUGGAGAACAUGCCAAGUUCCUGACAUCCGCAGGAAUGGACAGAAGUCUCCGAUUUUACAGUUUGUAGAGGAUUUACGUUGCCAGCUGAGGGGGGGAUGAUGAUGGUGUGAUCUGCGUGUCUGAGCUGAUUCUGUCCUGGAAAUAGUCAUUUUUAGAAAUAAGGCAACUUUUUUUUAGUGUGUUAGUUCACAUGUUUGGAAGAGAUUAUAUGAAACCAUCUUCCAUUAAUACCACAGCCGCAUAAUAAGAACAUGCUUAUUGACUUUGAUGGUUUAAAAAAAAAGUACAUUUUGUUUUGCUGGAACAAAAGCUUAAACUAUUCCUGUUGUCAGUGCCAGCUGUUUUAUUUGAUUACACAUUUUUCUUUUUUAAUUAACUUGUCAGAAGAGGGGGUUUUAUAGCAUAUUGUACAACUUCACAUUGUAAUUUGUCAAAAAUGAAUUGAUAACCUACUUAGCUUUAUGCACAGCUUCAAUGAGGUAAAACAUCCUGAAAAAGAGGAAGACUUUGUUUUUUUUUUGUUUAUUUUGCCAUCCAAAGUUUCAUUCUCAUUUUAUUUGUUCAGUUUAAACCUUUUUCCUGUAUUGCUCAUUAAACAGCAUUGUACUUGUUGCAGCUCUGCCUUUGAUAAAAUAAAAAUAUUUUUUUUUCAAAUGAA